UACAGAGUGUACUUCAGUCUCAGUUCAGUGACUGUGCUCUUCGUCUGUUCCCUUCCAGAACUUGCGGUGAGGUCGACUCUGGGUCAAGAGGCUGGUCAGUACCGUGGAAAUAGAAGCAGGACACUGGGGGGAGCUGUUGCCUCCUACCGGGUCUGCCUGUGAGACGACGGUGCUGUUGGUGGGGACGUGUCAGGGUCAUAAAGUGUGAGUGAUGUCAUCAGGUGAGGCUCCAGGUGUGUUAAGCUUCCAGCCUGUCUGUGGGACUCCACUGGAAGGAAGCCCAUUACUUCAGCUCUGAACCACCGAAGACUGGAACAAACUUGGUUCUUCAGUCUGACCGGCACUCUGGACCUGCUCUCUUCUGUAGGUUCUGGUUCUGGAACCAGUCAACGAGCUGGUUCCACGUGAAAAUCUGAUCAUUUACCUCCACCAGCAGAAACAACAUGGAGUCCAGAGAGGAGGACGACGCACCCAGCAGGUCUCUGCUGGAGGACGAGCACAGGAGCCCAUGGACCACACGUAGUACUAGUACUACAGAUACCACAUCUAGUACUAGUACUACAGAUACCACACUUAGUACUAGUGCUACAAAUACCACACCUAGUACUAUUACUACAGUUACCACAUGUAGUACUAGUACUACAGAUAUCAUACGUAGUACUAGUACUACGGAUACCACACCUAUUACUAUUACUACAGUUACCACAUGUAGUACUAGUACUACAGAUACCACAGGUAGUACUAGUACUACCGAUAUCAUACGUAGUACUAGUACUACGGAUCCUGCAUGUACUGAGGCUGAUACUACAGAUGCUUUUGCUGCAGCUUCAACAGGAGCAGCGGAGGGCGGGUCGCAGCACAAACCCUGGACAGCACCCAGAGACAGGCCGGGGGAGGAAGCUGCUGCAGGUCUGGUCAGGACUGGAGGGACGAUGGCUCCAGUUCCCCCCAGCAGCUUGGCCUUGACACAGCCGACAAAGAAGAAAGUGCUGCUCGCUCCAGCUCUCAGCCUGUCGCUGGGUCGCAGCGAGUCCACCGUCUCUGAGGACUUCCCCCCCGCCUUCCUCUCCCCUUCACCUGAGGAGGAUGAAGAUGCGGGACUCGACUUCGACUUGGACGCCAUGGAGACGCCGUCCGACAGCGAAUCGCUGCCUUUCCCUGUGUACGAUCUGGAAGAAGAACUGCGGCGUCUCGGUGUCGCGCCCCACCGACGCAGACCGCUCGUCACCAGUUCCAGUUCUCUGGCACCUUCUACAGCUACAACAGACUUGGAGAGGGAGGACAUUGUGGACAGCCAGGGCACCAGGUGGCGCUGUUUCUCCACAGGAGACCCCCCCCAGGAGAGCCGGGUCAACAUGAGCGUGUUGGAGCCGUUCCUCAGGGUUUUGUCCCACGGAGGUUACUAUGGAGAUGGUAUGAAUGACAUCAUUGUGUUUUCGUCCUGUUACCUGCCACAGAACAGUCUUCAUAAUUACCAGUAUGUGAUGGAUCACCUGUUCAGGUAUGUGGUCGGGACUCUGGAGCUGAUGGUUGCAGAAAACUAUGUGAUGGUGUAUCUUUGUGCUGGAGGACAGAAGGACAGAGUCCCAGGAAUCGGCUGGCUCAGAGAGUGUUACACCACCAUCGACAGGAGACUGAGGAAGAACCUGAAAGGCUUUUACGUGGUUCAUCCCACCUGGUACAUCAAAGCCCUCAUCACCAUCAUCAAGCCCUUCAUCAGCUCGAAGUUCAGCAGGAAGCUUCAGUUUGUCGACAGCCUCCAGGAUCUUUCUCACUUAGUCCCCACUGAGCAUGUGCAGAUACCAGAUUGUGUCAGACAGUACGAGCAGCAGCUGAUCAGGUAGAACACAAAGAUCCAGCAGUCAGGACGGAUGGACUGAACCUGUUUGCUGAUAGUUAACAUGCCUGAGUGUAAUGUGAUUCAUUUACACCAUUUUAAUCCUGAACUAACAGCAUUUUAAGUAUUUCAUCAUUUUGUGAGUAAAUUUAAUCAUCCUGAAGAUGUUUUAUUACUCGAAUAACAGAAUCAGAAUUUAGAAUCAGUUUUUACACAUGAUGGAUUAUUAUUAUUAUUCUUAUGGAUCAAAUCACCCAUUGUUUUUAAACAAUAAAAUAACCAUUAAAACAUGA